AACCUAAACAAUGACGGUGCACCAUCAUCAUCACACCCACCACGUGUCGCUUCACAAGAUCAAGAAGCUCUUCUCGAAGCACUCCUCGCACGGGCAUAAGCUCACUCGGGAUGAAGCUCGCUCGGCGCUCCACGAUAUUGAGCACCUGGCCAAGGAGCUCCACUUCCAGAAGGUCUUUGAUCAUCAUGCUCAUGAUGGACACAUCUCAUUGAAAGGAUUCCUGAGCUUCAUCUCCCCACACCACGGUCACCAUACCCAUCAUGCUCACGGAGCCCAUCCAGGCCACCACGAGGUCCACCACCACCAUCACCAUGUGAAGGCUCAGGACUCGAGCAGCUCCAGCUCCUCCUCCAGCAGCAGCUCGAGCUCCAGCUCCUCCAGCUCAUCCUCAUCCUCUUCCUCUUCGUCUGAAUCCGAGGACGAGAAGCACCACCACAAGAAGCACGCCAAGAAGCAUCUUAAGAAGCAUCACAAGAAGGCCGAGUCUAGCUCUUCCAGCUCAUCCAGCUCCUCGAGCUCCAGCUCAAGCUCCUCUUCCAGCUCCUCAUCUGAGUCCGAAGACGAGAAGCAUCACCAUAAGAAGCAUGCCAAGAAGCAUCUGAAGAAGCAUCACAAGAAGGCUGAGAGCUCUUCCAGCAGCUCAUCGUCAAGCUCCUCUAGCUCCAGCUCCUCCAGCUCGUCUUCUUCGUCGUCGGAGUCCGAAGACGAGAAGCAUCACCACAAGAAGCAUGCCGUGAAGAAGCAUCACAAGAAGGCCGAGUCUAGCUCGUCCAGCAGCUCGAGCUCGAGCUCCUCCAGCUCCUCUUCCUCAUCCGAGGAUGAGAAGCACCAUCACAAGAAGCACGCCGCCAAGAAGCACGUGAAGCAUCACAAGAAGGCCGCUUCCAGCUCCAGCUCUUCCAGCAGCUCCUCUUCCUCUUCCAGUUCUUCUUCAUCGUCUUCUUCCUCGGAAUCUGAAGACGAGAAGAAGAAGAAGAAGGUGCAUCACAAGAAGAGCCACGGAAAGAAGCAUCACAAGAAGGCCGCGAGCUCUUCUAGCUCUAGCUCUUCCUCCAGCUCCAGCUCCAGCUCCUCAUCUUCCUCAGAAUCUGAGGACGAGAAGAAGCACGCUCCAGCCCAUCAUGAGCACCACGAGCACAAGGAUGGAGCUCAUCACGAGCACAAGGAAGGAGAGCACCAUGAGCACGCAGCUCAUCACGACGAGCACGGAGUCCACCACAGACAUCAUGGAGAGCACCAUGGGACCCACCACUCCCCAGCUCAUCACGGGGAACAUGGGACCCACCACGGACACCAUGGAGAGCACCACCAUGCUCCAGCUCAUCAUGGACACCACGAAUCCCAUGGACACGGACAUCACUCCCCAGCCCACCACGGACAUCAUGGGGAGCACCACCAUGCUCCAGCUCAUCACGGACAUCAUGGAGAGCACCACCAUGCUCCAGCACACCAUGGACACCACGGGGAACAUGGGACCCACCACGGACACCACGGAUCCCAUCACUCCCCAGCUCACCACGGACAUCAUGGGGAGCACCACCAUGCUCCAGCACACCACGGACACCACGGGGAACAUGGGACCCACCACGGACAUCAUGGAGAGCACCACCAUGCUCCAGCACACCAUGGACACCACGGGGAACAUGGGACCCACCACGGACACCACGGAUCCCAUCACUCCCCAGCUCACCACGGACAUCAUGGGGAGCACCACCAUGCUCCAGCUCAUCACGGACACCACGGACACCACGGAUCUCACGGAGUUCAUCACGGACACCACGAAUCCCAUGGGCAUGGUCACCACGCACCGGCUCACCACGGACACCAUGGGGAGCAUGGAGUUCAUCACGGACAUCAUGGAGCAGGCUACGGAGCUCACCAUGGACACCACGGAGCCCACCACCACCACGCCCCACACCAUGAGCAUCACGAACACCAUGGAGAUCAUCACCACGGAUCUCACGGAGUCCAUCACGGACACCACGGAACCCACCACUCCCUAGCACAUCACGGACAUCACGGAGGUCAUGGGACCCACCACGGAGCCCAUCACUCCCCGGCUCACCACGGACACCACGGAGCCCACCACGAGCACGGAGCCCAUCACGGAGCCCACCACGGACACCAUGACGACAAGGAGAACCACCACCAUCAUGGACACCAUUCGAAGCAUUCAAAGAAGCAGCACACGAAGAAGUCACAUAAGAAGAGCCACUAGACGGGCGGUCGAUGAGCUUCUGCUCGCCACAAUUGAUGCGUCACUGCAUUACAUGUACUUUUUGGAUAAAUCCUGAACAGCCUUUUUUUUUUGUUUGUAUCGAUUUUUCUAGCGAAUUUGUAAUUUUUUGUACCAAUUUUUCCGUGUCGAAUAAAUUAAUUUCAUU